CCUAUUUGUGCUUUGAAACUGAGGCUGCUUAAGUGGUUGGACUCAAUUUAAGCUUUGUGAUCUAUUAUUUAAUUUAAAAUUCUUACCUCUUUUCUCCAAGCAAGAUGCAAUGAUAUGUCUUUACUGACCUUUACUACUUGAUAUUCCAGGUAUUUUCUCUGACCUUCUAAGAAGCUAACAUGGCGAUUCUGGACCCUAUUGGGCAUUUGUAUGUUUCACAGGGUUUUAUGAUCUGGAAGUUGCAUGGAAUUGCUGCAUGUUAUGGUGAUAGAACAAGAUUUUAAACUAACCAUGCUCUGUUGAAGGACACGACACAUUACCGGGUGCAAAAUAUAGAAAAGAAGUUACAUAUUUGUCUUUUUUGCAUCGGCAUCUACCCAAAACAGUUCUGCAUCCUUUCCAAAAAAGAGUCAUGCUUGAAACCUUAAUUUUGUCCCAAUAAAGAGUCCUUUUUGAACAAAGAAGCUUAUUUUCGUCAUACUUAAUGAGAAAGUUUCCUUAACAAGUUGUGUGUUAAGUUUAGUGAAACCGAAAAAUACAACAACAAAAAAAUUUAGAAAUAUAUCUAUAUUUGAUUAUAGACCAAUAGUUGUACUGCACCAAAAUUUAAAAGUUCAUUUGUGAAACAAUACUUCUUUUUAUGAGAAAGAACAUUUUGUCGUCCAUCUUUAUAAAAAAGAUUCUUUUUUGAAAACUAAUUUUUGUCCGAACAAAGCUUUAGUUUUUUUAAAUAAACAGUGUACGACUUCAACAACAAGAAACCCAUUAAAAUCCCACGAAAGUAGGAUCUGGGGAGGUUGUGUGUAGAGAGAUUUUUUCCAAAAGACCCCUGGCUUGAGCACAAAAAGUGUACAAGUUGAGUAUGUUAAGUUUAUUUAAACAAACAAAUGAAUUUAAAAGUAUAGCUAUAUUUGGUGAUUUCAUUGGUUAUUCCUUAUUUAAAAAUUUAAUAGUUGUACCUUCGAUCCUUUAUGAAACAUGUCUCUCUUUGUUGGACAGAGAGAUUAUUAAAGUUAAAUUUCUACAAAAAAAAUAAUAGUUGUACCUUUGAUGAUGUUUAGUCCCUCAUUAUUCCUUAUAGAGAGAUUAGUUGGUUCCUACCUUUUUUAGGGUUAUAGUAAUAGAUUGUUGUAAUUGAGCAUAGUGAUUGCCUACCCUGUUCUUUGUCCUGCAAUGAUGGACCACAAUUGAUGUUUUGGUCAAAGAUGUUGAACUUUGGAGUAAGUUAAUAAUAUAUUAUUGAUUUAUGAUGUGAAUCUAAUUUAAAAGAGUUCUUCACUAAGAAUAUUCUCAUAAAAGCAAAGUGUUUGUAAUUUUCACUAAAAUGAAUCAAUUAAGACAAUUGUCAAAACUCGGCAUCUUUGAUCUAUAUUGGUAUUUGUCUACUAGUUGUGUUUUGACAAACAAAAGACGUGAAUGACAACAAUGUUAAUAACUUGGGGGUUUGUACACCAAUGUUUCUAUAUCAUGUAUGUGUUGCCAAUCCCAAUACAUGACUGGUAUUGAAUCUGAUAUCCUGGAGCAGGAAUGCUUUAUUUUGUUAAUAGUUAAGAGUGUUAGCUGAUUGUUUUUAAGUGUUAUCAGUUAUAUACUGUAUAAUUUUUCAAUAACUUUUAGGAUUCUGAAUUGGGGUUUCUUCUAAAAAUCUAUGACAACACUUGCAGACUCCCAAAGAUCAUAAUCUAGCUGCAGAUGCUGGUGCUAGGGAUAAUAAUAUUGUUCCAGGCCCAAUGGUCUGCCAGCUAUCUUCUCGUGUAAUGCCACCACCACCACCUCCUCCCAAGAUGAUGAAGCCAAUGGCUCCUCCGCCACCACCAAAAACCAAUCAUUUAACACCUAAAGUGCAAGGGGUAACCAAUGUGCCUCAUAAGCUGUCGUCGGAAAAUGUUUCAUCAACCCCUAAAGUGCAUGGGAUAACUAAUAUGCCCCAUAAGCCAUCGUCUGAAGACUUGCCUGAUACCCUAGUGAAGCUAAUGGAGUAUGGGGAUGACGAUGACGAUGACACCGAGGUUACUGCUGCUGAAGAGACAUUGCAAGGGAAAUCAAAGGAUGUACCCGAGGCUCCGAAACCUUUCUGGGCUGUUUAAGACAGUGUUGGCCAUCUGCAACUUUUCUACAUUUCAGUCCAUGGUAAACAAAUCACAUACUCGCCCUGCAGACUGAAGUAUUUAUAUGGAGAAUGGUCUAUCAUUAGAAUCUAUGGCUAAGAAUGUGACAAUAUCAGUUUUUCUAAAAACCAAGAGCGGCCUCCACCCCACCCCCUGAUCUUUGCCUACAACAUUGAUGUCUGAGGCAAAUCGCAAAGCUAACCGGGCAGGAGGUCAAGAGGUAACUCAUAGUUCACACUCAUCUUUUGUAUUAGCUUCGUCGUAGAUAGUUAUGACAGGAAGCAAGUCCAAUAUGACUGCCUUUACACAGUUGCACUACUUAUUCUGUUUUCCCAUUUGUGUCAUAAUCAUUUUUUCCCAUACAUGUCAAAUUUACCAAGGGAUGGAUCUUUUUAAACGAGUAAGUCUAUUGUUGAACCACACGUACAAUGUUAUUGU